AAAGUAUAGCUCAAUGUUCACAACACUCACUGUUAGAUCCAAAACAUCACUACAAUCAUUCAAAAAAUGGCUUCCACUACCACUGAUUCAGAUUUUGCAUAUUUGGAAAACAUUCAACAAUACCUUCUUUGUGAUGAUUCAAGCUUUCUAGCAUCUUGCCAGCCUUUUUCAAGCCCUAAAAGUGACAAUGAUUCAGACAAAUCUGUAGGAACGAGUGAGGUAUGCGCGCCUCCGGUGUCUUGGAAGCGGUACAAGGGAGUGAGGCGUAGGCCGUGGGGAAAAUUUGCGGCAGAAAUCAGAGAUCCAAAGAAGAAUGGCGCUCGGGUUUGGUUAGGAACUUAUUUGACCGAGGAGGAAGCUGCUUUGGCUUACGACAAAGCUGCUUUCAAGAUGCGUGGCCAUAAGGCCAAGGUUAAUUUUCCCCACCUCAUUGGCAACGACGUGUCUACAUCGGAGCCAGAAAGGGAGGUGGUUUUGAAACGAGACUCACCCGAGCCUUCUUCUUCAGAGGGAAGUUGGGAGUCAUCGUCACCUGGAUCGAAGAGGAGGAGGGGUAUGGCUGACCUACUUAACAAAUUAGCCAAGAGUAGAAGUCAAGCCAUGGUAGUUGAGAAUAAAAAGUCCUUACAAGAAAAUGAUUUUGAGCAAUGGGUGAAUGAGUUAAAUGAUUGCACUCUAAUUUGGAGUUCAUAGUGUAGUUCUGUUAAUGUAUUUUUUUUUUUGAUUUGUGCUAUUUUUUUUAUAUUUUUGCAUUCCCCUGUUGAUUUUCAAGGGGUGAUGUUUAAGCAAAAUUACAACAAUUUAUGUUGUUAUUUUUCCGAAAGAACGUUCUUUUGGAUUUGAUGUUACGUUGAAAAGAAAAAAAAAUUAAGAUAUAAGGUUUCGUUUUAUCUUUUUGUAAGGCAAUUAAUAUUGACAGAUAUGUGUGCCACAAUGAUAGCAAUCUUACCCAUCAUUGAAUUCACGCCAAAUGAGUGCAAAAGUUAGCUGAAAGAUAAAGAAACCAAUUUCCAUUCCUUUGUAUUUUAAAAAUUGGACUAUU